AUGGCAGCUGCUGGCGCCAUUGCCACUCAGGAUGGGGGCGCCCAGGCAAAGAUAUGCCCGCAUCUUGACACUCAAGAUAACGGCUGUAUUCGCUACACCCGGGGCUUCGAUGUGACUGGGGUCCUUACAACUGUGGAGCUUCCGAAUAUUGAAAAUGCAUGCGAUUGUGUUCAGGCCUGCCUAGAUAGGCCAGAUACUUGCGCUUCAUACGUGUGGAAGUUUAAUGACCCAACUUCCGACCGCCGGACCUGCACGCUGUAUUCCAACUUCAACCUUCCAGCUGGCGUUGACGUUCUUUACAACACCACUGAAGUACCAGGCGUUAACCAGGGGCUUAAUCCCAUCUCCGACAAUCCUCAAAUCGGUAGCCGCGUACCUAAGGCUACAAAGCCCAACAGUACUGAUAUUGACGAAAAAGCCAUCUCUGGGCCUGUCUGGCAACUUGAAGAUGGCAAGGCGCAAUGUUAA